AAGAAAGCAUCGAGUAUUUUUUGCCGCUGCGCAUGUCGUAAUAUUAGGAACAAAUUAUUAUUAAAUAAAAUAGCAGCACUAUGGCACAAAGCAGACUGGAAAAAGUUGGAACCAUCUUUACGAGGGUACAAGGCUUGUUGCGCGCUGGCGCGAUGAAAACGGAGGAUAAACCCAUUUGGUAUGACAUCUACGCUGCUUUUCCGCCUAAAUUGGAGCCCCGGUUCGAUAGGCCUGCAAUAAAUGUGCCAGUGCGCAACAUUUUCUAUGCAGAGGAUGUGGUACGAGCCAAGUUGCACAAGCAAAACAAGCCUCAUGAGACGAUUUCGCUGUUCGAUCAAAAACAUCGCACCCAGAGUCAACAGUUUUUGCAGAUUUAUGACCAGCUAAAGUCGCAAGGCGCUUUGGAUGAUCAACGCAUUUAUGAAACAGCGCUUGAUCUGUUAGCAGAGCAGCGACAAAAGUCGCAGCCUGAAGCAGUCGAAGAGCAACUGCAACUGGAGCAGCCCAACAAGAGCACACUGCUCAGCGAUUUCCAGGAGGCAGACCAUCAAAAACACCAACAGCAGGAACAAGAGCAGACUAAGCCAAGCAAAGCGAAACCAGAGGGCAUCAACAUUAGCAGCUUGUUCAAGGAUUAAGACGUUUGUUUUAUA